AUGCUAUCUACUAAACUGCUGUGGCGAAAGCCACUGGCUUUCGCUAGACUGUCAGUUAGAACAUUUUCAUCCCCUAAUGUGGGGAAGAACAUGGAAGAUAUCGUUAAGAGCUACAAAAGAAAGUCUUGGCACGACCAAGAUAGCUUCAGUAGAAUCCUAAAGAUGGCAUCUUAUGGAAUCGAAGCUAUAAGGGAUCCAACCAAAGGCGACAUAGUCGCUAAGGUAGGUGACCUUAGCGGCACGAAGGCUCUGAAGAACAUCCGUUCAAAGAUGUUAGCUGACAAAACUGGCAGACAAAUUCUUGAGGAAAGACCGAGGAUCAAAGAAGACUCCGUCUUCUUUGAUCGGUUAGGUCAAAUGGAUGAAAAUUCAGUAGGAUAUCAUUAUUGGAAAUUCAUGGCGAAAUAUGAUUUUACACCAGAUGAGAGACCAGUCGCAACUUAUGUCCCAGACAUGGAGCUAGCAUACAUCAUGCAAAGGUAUAAAGAAUGCCAUGAUUUCCUGCACACCUUAUUAGGUAUGGGAAUUUCAAUCGAAGAUGAGCUUGCUGUAAAGGCUUUUGAAAUGGUACAAACUGGGAUUCCAAUGUGUGCAUUCUCUCUAAUCACAGGACCCUUUCUUCUGAAGCCACUUGAGAUGAAGAAGCUUUACAUUGACUACCUCCCAUGGGUCACCAAGAUGGCUCUAACUUCCAGAUUCUUCAUGAACAUUUACUUCGAGAAGCACUUCGAACAAGAUGUAGACGAGUUUCGUAGAGAAUGUGGAGUAUCUCCAUGGUCAAAAUAA